GCUCAUCACAGUUGUUAACAGUUGAUAACAUCGGAGUGGAUCAGUGCAUCGCGACUGUUGCCAGGUCAGGAUCAAAAGUAGAAAUUUAACCAAAUCUUUAAGAGGCAGAUCGCAAGAUUAACUACAACGUUUUGACAAUGAGUCUUAAGGAAGAAUGAAGAAACCGGCGGUUUCCCUGGGUUGAGUUGGAAGAUAAGUUUUGAGUAGCCAGAGGAGUGUGAUUGUGCGGCAGGAAUCAUCGUCAUGAGCGCAGGUUUGUUGACUGGCAAUAGUUGAUGAGAAGUGUCAAUCGAUGUCGUUUGGGUUGUCGAAUUUGUCAAGCAAGCUAUAAAUAGUCGUUUAAUAUUGUUAUUUAAACAAUGCUAAAUUUGGGAUUCAAAUCAAAUGUAUUUGGUAUAAAAUAAUAAUUGGAGCUGUUUGGUGGCCCUAGUGCAUACACUAGGCUAGUGUUGAUUGUCGUUGUGCCUGGAGUAUUGGAUUGGUCCAAUUGGCAUAAGAACGGGCUGGAGGGAGUUUCCACCAUAUUUCUUACUACAUUCAGUUCCUUUUAAAUCCAUGAAGAAAAGUGAGCAAGUGCACAUUUAGUAGCUACUCUGUCCACUUGACCACUCAGCAGUCACAUAACCCGGCACCAGCUCCAUACUCCCCCCUCCUAGUAAUUCCCAUCGCUGCCUUGUUGGCUGGGCCAUUCAUGAGAUUACUGUACUGUUGAGAAGUGUGUGUGGAGAAAACAAUAGUCAUGUGAUAUGCCUGGUAUGUCAACCCCGCUGAGUGGUAUUGUGGUACUUGGUGACGGGCCUUUUUCUCCUCUUUCACCCAGCAUCUGUCUGCCUUUUCAGAAAAUUUAAAUGUUCAAUGGAUUAUUCGUUAUUUUUUUUUUAUACUUCAAGAAUCUUGAGAAUAUUACCUUUUACUUUCAUUUGAGUGCUUGAAGUCUUCGGGAUUUUGCCACUUUCUCUCAAUUUUUAACACCUGUUUCGUUCUCUCUCUCUCUCACGCUCUCUCUCUCUCUCUCUCUCUCUCUCUCUCCCCCCCUCUCCCCCUCUCUCUCCAGGCAUGCAGAAACCACCGGUUGCCCCCAAACCAAAGAUCGCCCAGCCACAGAGGCCAGGGCCCUACCCCUCCUCGGCCCCCAAACGAGAUGGCCUCUCCCAGGCUUCCCUCGGUACACCAAAGACAGUUAAACCAGCUCUGGCCCCCAAACCACCAUGCCUACCCAAACCAUGCCUCACCACCGCUGUGGAGUACAAACCUCUCUCCUCAAAGACUACCCAUCACCAUCAGACAACCGUGCAAGAUUCUCAGAGACCAUCAGAGAUGUCUACAAGUAUAGGUCUUCUGAACUCCAGGAAUGGAAUACCUGAUUGGGAUUAUAUUAUUCCUAUCUGCCUGUGUAGCCAGAAUAACUGUCUGUGUGUGGGGAACGGUAACGCAACGGAUGUAGUGAUUGACACAAUUCAAAAAGACUUGAAAACAUUGCAUAACAAAGGCAAAACGGAGGAAUCUAGAAUAAAUCCGGUUCCCAGAUUUCGAUCUCGAGAGAACAAAGGAGCCAACAACAACAAGAGCCAAGCAGUCAACAACACUCUACCAGACAUUUGCGUACAGGCUGUGUUGCUGUCCACCAAUAACCACCUCUUAAACCCCAAACAGAACCUAAACUCAGACAUUGUGACGUCAUCGUCACACCCUGACAUAAAGCACCCUCUUCCUCAGAGCAAUGAAGCCAACGGUAACGCCGUCACCACCUCCUCUAAUGCCAUUGGUGACGGAGAACAGGAAGACCCCACCAGCUCCACAGGGAUUGGCAGAGACACUGGCACAUCCAAUCAGAACCCAGCUGCUCCUAGGAAGCCCCUCCCUGUCCCUGUACUACGGAAACCCAGGAAGUCUGCUCUGGUUGGACAGGAAGACCCAGAGGAGGGGAGGGGUAGAGCGGAGGGGAGGCCAGGGAGGGAAACGACUGUCAGAAAGGUGAAGGUGUCACUGGAGAGGAAGAGCAGCCCAUCUCUUUCUGUCAACGCACCUGCUUCUCGGGCGCACAACGUCCCAGAAUGUCCUGCCAGUACAAAUGAUAGCUGGGAGGGUCUCCCAUCCUACAGGACACCCGGCCCACCACCUGUUCCUGCUGCUCCCCCUCCCAGAAAGGACGCAUUUCUGUCUGAACCUGAGAGAGGAGCACAGACCUCCUCUGCCACCUCCUCUCAGCACCUCCUCCCCACCUCCUCCCCUCUGCACCUCCUCCCCACGGAUGACGGCGUCUAUGAAAUGGAGUGUUCAGUGGAAGAGGAGGAGGAAGGGAAGGAUGAAGAGGAGGAGGAGAUACAUGGUGAGAUUAGUUGUCGUCCUCUCUCGACCAGUCUUCCCAACCAGCUAGAGUUCGACUCCAACUGCCACUUUCUCCUCACCUUAGCAACCACUGAGCGUUACAAAGAAAAUGCGAGUGCUCAAAACAAGAUGGCCGGCGUCCCCAAGAAACCGCUGGGACACAGCUCCCCAGGUGCAUGGGUACUGAAGAAGGAACUGUCAGAAGAGAGAGAAGGGGAGGAACGAAAGACUUCCGAUAGUGACGAUGAUGGACGUGCCCUCACCAAGGCCGUGAAAGCUAUGAGAAAGCUCCCUGCAACCCCAGGAGAGGAUAAACCACGAAGGAGCAGCAUCCUUCAGACGCUGGUGUCUCCUGUAUCCCGUAAGGGGAGCACAGACAACACACAGACAAAGGGCAGCUUGCCAACAGAUGAAACGCUGUCACCGUCCAAGCAGUCUCGCUCCAGCCUGGGGAAACAGAAGGCCAAGUCCUUCUCCUCCGCCGACCUGACCCCCUCUGUGGGACAGAAACGGAACUCCUUCCGGAGGCUUCUGGAUCUGAAACUCUCUGUCAAGAUGCUGCCCAAGCUGCUAGCCAAGGGAGGCCAGUCUCUAGACUGUACUGCAGCUGAGGCAGAACAAUGUGCGGAUGAUGUACACCAAAAUAGUGGCGUCUGUUUCCAGGAACGCCUGGGCGUUCGGGUGGGGGACGCCUGCAAGUUCUCCUGUCCCCAGCUGGGGGUGAUCGGGGUUGGUACGGAGCAGAGCGUGGACGGGGAUGAGAUCCACUACCCCGGAGCGGAGCAGGCUGUGGAGUAUGAAAAUGUUCCCUAUUACGAGGCGAUACCUGAGUAUUUUAACCAGCCUGUUGGACUGGGACUACGGGGGAGUGAGCUGAGGGUGGGUACACCACCGGACCAGUCGGAGUGGCACAACCACCUGUAUGAUGAUGCCAAUAUCUAUGAGGAACAGGAGCCGUACCAUGCCCUGAAGAAACACAGUGAACAGCACAGCAGCACUGAGAGGUAUUCUUCUGAUUGUUUGUUCUAAUGCCGUCAAGGUAAAAUGACCCAGACUCUUUUUCUUUUUGAAUAGAUUUGACAUAUGUUGCGUAUGUUUUGUUGGACAGGGAAGAGGAAUGUAGUAGGAAAGAUAGAUGGAGACUGAAUGUGUCAGAAAGGCAGUGGACUGGAUUCGAACCCGCGGCGAUUCAAAGUGGCAUAAACUCUAUUUACAGCUGCCAGCCAAGUCCUCUCAUAUCCUGAUGCAGCGUUCUAGGAGAAGCGAUAACUGUCAAUGUGACUUCCUUGCAUGUGUGUGGUUGUUGAGUUGGAUACUCCACUCUGUCUGGUGAGGAAGACUGGCACUAAAGCGUGUUCUAUCUUAGCAGCACACCUUUCACAGGUUGGUUGUUAUUCUUAGCGAUUCUGUGUCAUGAGUCAUGACAGACUAAGGGGAAUUAUGCUCAGUAUGUAGUGUUAAUGGAAACUCCAGUCUGGUGAUCUGAGCUAGGCUGGCACUAAAGCGUGUUCUGGAGUGACACAUCUUUCAGAGAUUCACUUAAAUAUCCAGCUGCAUGGGAAUUUAGUGUAAUGAGGGAUGUUGUUUGAUGACCCUUUCCUCAGAAACAUAAGCAACAUUUCCAUACAUUUUAGUCCUUUUUAGUAGUCACUCUUAUCCAGUUACUUAGAGACUAUAUAUAGUCUUGCAUCGCUGUCUGUCACUCUUUUAGAGGUUUGUUGUGGCCAUUUUAGAAUCUAGGUCUAUUCUGAGCAGACUUUAAAGGUAAGGUAUCAGUGUUAUCGGUACCUCAACGACCGGCACUAAAAGUGGUCUGACUAAAAAUCAGUUGGCGUUUGAAAAAUAUAAAGCAGCUCAGGAUUACAGUGUUCUGUGUUCUGUGCCUUGAACCAACGGCUCAGUGUGUUAGUCAGGCCUGUGUGUUUCAGAGUGCAACAAUCACAAACAAAGCACAAUCAGCUGAUCACUUAUACAAAACAGCCAUAGAAGCAUCUCUACUGUGAACAGGGUAUAUUGCCUAAGUAUGCACAGAGGAGGCGGCUACUUCAGGUAGCCCAGUUCUAAACAAAUCCUACCAGCCCCUAUCAAGAGUUCUGCCAAGCCUUUUGCUUGGCUAGGUGGUAUUUUUGUAAUAUUAUAGCUUGUUGGAGUCAAUAAGGGGUUAGGAUUAGGGUAGAGUUACCGGUUUGGAACCGGGGCUUUCUAAUGUUUGGUUUGACCUGUGGCUUACACCUAUCCAAACCUUUCAUUUCCUCAUGUUCUAGGAGUAGAGAGGGGUAACUGGUUUGGAACCAAGUCCUUUGUCAUGUUUGGGUUGGCGGCAGAGGUGGCAUCCAGCCAAACCCGUCAGCUGACCCAAGGCAUUGCUUUUGGUCUUGUAUGUUGAGUUGUGUGUGAGGAGUUGACUAGUAACAUGUGUUUUCCCUGGUCGGACUGUCAAACCUCUAUUUCAUGUGUGUACUGUGUGGUCACUCCAGGAAAUGGUGGAAUACUAAUGGACUGAUGAUUUUUCUUCAGUAAAAAAUACCCCCCCCCCACUUGCCCAGUUCCCUUCUCUCCCUCUUUCACAUUUAUACACUUUUUUUUUAAGGUUACACUCUGUCUUCCCACCCCUUCUUUCCCAUAGGUGUGAGACUGUGAGUUUCAGGAUGAUUUUCCAGGUGUGUGUCUGUUCUUACUGACCAUCAUAUCUUGUUCCAACAGGAGUUCUGUAGAUGAGGAUGUUGGCCCACUAGAUGAUGAAGGUCAGUCUGAUGAGGACAUCAUGGUUCAGAGUUCAGAAGAAGAGGAUGAUGACAGUUCUUCCUCUAGUAAAGGAGAACCUGAGCAUCCUGAGGAGAGGGAGGUGAGACACUGCAAUUAGAAAGAAAAUAUGCCACUUAGCAGACGUUUUUAUGUGAAGUGACUUGCAGUACAGUGAGUGCAUGCAUUUCUAGUAUCUGAUCCCUGUGAGAAUUGAACCAAUAACCUUGGUGAAAUGUAGUGAUUUACCUGAUGUGUUUGUACCCGUGUCCUUGCCAGGCUGGCAGGGGUGCCAAGCAGAGCAAGAUAGUCCACAUCGCCAGGGAGAUCAUGAGCUCCGAGAAUGUAUUUGUCAACGUCCUGAAGCUUCUCCAUAUCGUGAGUAUUCUGGCAUUUUCCCUCUGUGCUACAUAUUUGAUAGCCUAUCAACACCGUUUUUGUAUGAAGCUAUCUUAGUCUCAAGUCCUGUGGUUUGUGUUUUUCUGUACUGUCUGGAGAACUCCCGUAUGUUCUCCAGACUGCUCCAUGUGUGUUUGAUUAUGCUAACCACUGGGCCACACCCCACCAAGAGGGGACACACUGGGUUUCUGGGCCUUGCACACUACACCUCACUCCUCUCAUCCGCACGGCUUGCAUUCCUGUUGGUUUCCCUAGGCCUUUCAGCGGUGGUGUGAUCUGACAGUGGUCCAAGAGAGAGAGAGAAAUUAUGUUCAGCUGGUCUGAGCUGGAGUAUGGUCACUUAAUGGUGUUUUGUUGAACUUAGUUUUGGUCUAACCAGUCAUUCGCUGCUAUCCUGCUCGGUUUAGGUUUGAACAUCUUACCAAUAGUGAAACAGCUGAUGUCUAGGUUCAGCCAGGGAUUUUUCUAAUUAGUUGCACAAUAGGGGGUUUUUUUUCUCCUUGUUUACACAUACAGUACAUUCCAAGGACUAAGACGUGGUAGGUCUGCACGAGAUACGAAGUGAGAGAAUAAUGCUGUAGGCAGUGCCUCAGAUGAAACAUGACUGACUGAGUCACUAGCUCUGAAACCACACUGUGGGGGAGAGGCAGGAAGUUAUGCUGUAGGCAUGUGUUUGAUUCAGCAAUCUAUCUGCCCUUUUAACCAAAUCACCAGUGUAAUGGAAAAUGUAUUGCCGUCUUCACUGACUGGUUGUGGGGUGAUGGGGCAUAUUGAUAUUCAUAUGGUGGGGCCAUGAUUUGUUAUGGGGGUGUCCUGUGCAGUCCCCUUCCCCCCCCCCAGUACUUGAACCUUGAGCCCCCCCCCCCCCCCCCCCACCUCAGCUGAGCAGUGCAUUAAGACUGUGAGCAGCAGAUGUAACCAACAGGAGCUCCCUGCUACAGGGCCUGGGCCCCUUACGGCCAAUCUGGUGCUGAAUGUGUUGUAAUCUGUUCUGUAAGCAGUUUCUCUGUUGCCCUAGUUGUGCCCCGUAAACCACAAAUAAAGCACCAAAUACCUCCACCAUCAUCAGAAAGAGAAGCAGAAACAGCUUUCCCUGCUAGCCCCAAGGCUCUUCUCCUCCCCUCCCCUCCCCUCCCGCUACCCUCCUCUACUCUUUAAGGACUGGGGAUGUGUGGGGUUCCUGGAAACAAACAGGGCUUUAAUGGAAGGCUGCUUGGUAUAGAGGUCAGAGGUCGAGGAUGGCUCGUGCACUGAAAUGUUCGCAAUUUAGAACAUUUGGUGUGGUGUGUUUGCAGCCUAACACUUUUAAUGUGUUCUAUAAAAAGAAUAGCCAUGAUAUACAGACUAAUUGUGUGUGUGUGUGUGUGUGUGUGUGUGUGUGUGUGUGUGUGUGUGUGUGUGUUGCCUGUCUUUCUCUCUGACACGUCCAUCCCUCUCCCCCUACAGGACUUCCGUGAGGCGGUGGCAAAGACGUCCCGUCGGAGUGGGAAGCCUGUUAUAGAGGAGCCUAUUCUGAACCAGAUCCUGUACUAUCUGCCCCAGCUCUACGAACUGAACCAGGACCUGCUCAGAGAGCUGGAGGAGAGGGUCGCCCAGUGGUACUAGUUUAGAACAAUAGAAUUUUCACAGUACCGUGCCAACCUGAACCGAUCUGUGCUGGCAUGGACUUCCAUGUUUUUAUAUUGUCCUUUCCAGCAAGGUUCCAGUAUCUAUUGUGGAUGCAUAACCAGGCCAGCUCAACACAGCUCGUCUUGGAUUGACUCAGUAGUGUGAAAAGGGUGUAAUUAGAAUUCAUAGAAUUAUUCAUUAUAUUUCUAUGACCAGACCCACCACUAUCUGAUCUCCAUCAACAUCCUUUAAUAACCAUGACGAAGCAAUUACACCUACAUAAGUCUCUGUCAUGACACACAAACACACAUCUAUCAGUCCUCAGGUAAACCACACAUAAAAAUCAAAUCAGGUGGUAAAUCUAAGCUUGACUGGUUAAAUGUUGCAUCUUUCACCAAUACUGUGCUAGCUCUAACUGAAAUAAAUCAGAGACUCCAUCGCUCACUCUCUUAAUGUCUGAGCCUCUGUUUCAUUGAUCAGGGACGAGCAUGGUCGGCUAGCGGACAUCUUUGUGAAGAAAGGGCCCUAUCUGAAGAUGUACUCCACGUACAUCCGAGAAUUUGACAAGAAUGUGGCCCUACUAGACGAGCAUAGCAGGAAGAACCCAGCCUUCGCGGCAGUGGUGCGGGAAUUUGAGGUAAACCACUGGGUCAACCCGUUUUGGUGUGUUAUUGCUUGAAGUUGAAGGGUUGUUUGUGAUAUGCUUGGUGUUGGUGUCUCUCGGUAUGUGUGUGUGUGUGUGUGUGUGUGUGUUUUACUUUCUGUCUGUACAUGUGUGCAUGUUUGUGCCUGCCAGUGUGUGUUGUAAAUAAUGUUUUCUGACUCUGUUGCUCAGGCUGGUCCUCGCUGUGCCAGCCUUGCUCUGAGGCAUUACCUACUGAAACCUGUUCAGAGGAUCCCUCAAUAUCAGAUGCUGCUCACAGGUAAACUGCAGCAGAGUGUGUGGUUGUUAUGGGCCGUGUUCCAGAGUGUGUGGUUGUUAUGGGCCGUGUUCCUGGACACAGUCCUGGACAACGAAAAAAGCCUGUCAGACAUAUCAGGAUUAGACUAUUACUAUUCAAAUGUGCACAGAGAGCUAACAAGAUUGCUAAAUCAUUGCACAUAAUUACAGUAAACAACUCCUUCCACCUUUUCAUCGGCAAGAUUAGCAAAUUUAGGCAUGACAUGCCAGCAACAAAUGCCGACACUAUACAUCCAAGUAUAACUGACCAAAUUAUGAAAGACAAGCAUUGUAAUUUUGAGUGUGGAAAAGGUGAAAAAAUGAUUGUUGUCUAUCAACAAUGAUAAGCCACCUGGGUCUGACAACUUGGAUGGAAAAUUACUGAGGAUAAUAGUGGACGGUAUUGCUACUCCUAUUUGCCAUAUCUUCAAUCUAAGCCGACAAGAAAGUGUGUGCCCUCAGACCUGGAGGGAAGCAAAAGUAAUUCCGCUACCCAAGAAUAGUAAAGCCCCCUUUACUGGCUCAGGUAGCUUAGUGGGUAAGAGCGUUGUGCCAGUAACCGAAAGGUCGCUGGUUCUAAUCCCGGAGCCGACUAGGUGAAAAAUCUGUUGAUGUGCCCUUAAGCAAGGCACUUAACCCUAAUUGCUCCUGUAAGUCGCUCUGGAUAAGAGAGUCUGCUAAAUGACUAAAAUGUAAAAUGUAAAUAUCCAACCAAUCAGCCUGUUACCAACCCUUAGUAAACUUUGGGAAAAAUUGUGUUUGACCAGAUACAGGUACAAUGCUAUUUUACAGUAAACAAAUUGACAACAGACUUUCAGCACGCUUAUAGGGAAGGACAUUCAACGUGCAUGGCACUUACACAAAUGACUGAUGAUUGGCUGAGAGAAAUUGAUGAUAAAAGAUUGUGGGAGCUGUUUUGUUAGACUUCAGUGCGGCUUUUGACAUUAUCGAUCAUAGUCUGCUGCUGGAAAAAACGUAUGUGUUAUGGCUUUACACCCCCUGCUAUAUUGUGGAUAAAGAGUUACCUGUCUAACAGAACACAGAGGGUGUUCUUUAAUGGAAGCCUCUCCAAGAUAAUCCAGGUAGAAUCAGGAAUUCCCCAGGGCAGCUGUUUAGGCCCCUUGCUUUUUUCCAUCUUUACUAACGACAUGCCACUGGCUUUGAGUAAAGCCAGUGUGUCUAUGUAUGCGGAUAACUCAACACUAUACACGUCAGCUACUACAGCAACUGAAAUCACUGCAAAACGUAAAGAGUUGCAGUUAGUUUCGGAAUGGGUGGCAAGGAAUAAGUUAGUCCUGAAUAUUUCUAAAACUAAAAGCAUUGUAUUUGGGACAAAUCAUUCACUAUACCCUAAACCUCAACUAAAUCUUAUAAUGAAUAAUGUGGAAAUUGAGCAAGUUGAGGAGACUAAACUGCUUGGAGUAACCCUGGAUUGUAAACUGUCAUGGCCAAAACAUGUUGAUGCAGCAGUAGCUAAGAUGGGGAGAAGUCUGUCUAUAAUAAAGCGUUGCUCUGCAUUCUUAACAACACUAUCAACAAGGCAGGUCCUACAGGCUCUAGUUUUGUCGCAGCUGGACUACUGUUCAGUCGUGUGGUCAGGUGCCACAAAGAGGGACUUAGGAAAAUUACAAUUGGCUCAGAACAGGGCAGCACGGCUGGCCCUUGGAUGUACACGGAGAGCUAACAUUAAUAAUAUGAAUGUCAAUCUCUCAUGGCUCAAAGUAGAGGAGAGAUUGACUUCAUCACUACUUGUUUUCUUAAGAAGUAUUGACAUGCUGAAUGCACAGAAAUGUCUGUUUUUAAACUUCUAGCAUACAGCUCGGACACUCAUGCAUACCCCACAAGACAUGCCACCAGAGGUCUUUUCACAGUCCCCAAGUCCAGAACAGACUAUGGGAGGCGCACAGUACUACAUAUAGCCAUGACAACAUGGAACUCUAUUCCACAUCAGGUAACUGAUGCAAGCAGCAGAAUCAGAUUUUUUUUAAACAGGUAGAAAUACACCUUCUGGAACAGUGGGGACUGUGAAGAGACACACAGGUACAGACACAAGCUUACACAUACAGUGGGGAAAAAAAGUAUUUAGUCAGCCACCAAUUGUGCAAGUUCUCCCACUUAAAAAGAUGAGAGAGGCCUGUAAUUUUCAUCAUAGGUACACGUCAACGAUGACAGACAAAUUGAGAAAAUAAAAUUCCAGAAAAUCACAUUGUAGGAUUUUUUAUGAAUUUAUUUGCAAAUUAUGGUGGAAAAUAAGUAUUUGGUCAAUAACAAAAGUUUCUCAAUACUUUGUUAUAUACCCUUUGUUGGCAAUGACACAGGUCAAACGUUUUCUGUAAGUCUUCACAAGGUUUUCACACACAGUUGCUGGUAUUUUGGCCCAUUCCUCCAUGCAGAUCUCCUCUAAAGCAGUGAUGUUUUGGGGCUGUCGCUGGGCAACACGGACUUUCAACUCCCUCCAAAGAUUUUCUAUGGGGUUGAGAUCUGGAGACUGGCUAGGCCACUCCAGGACCUUGAAAUGCUUCUUACGAAGCCACUCCUUCGUUGCCCGGGCGGUGUGUUUGGGAUCAUUGUCAUGCUGAAAGACCCAGCCACGUUUCAUCUUCAAUGCCCUUGCUGAUGGAAGGAGGUUUUCACUCAAAAUCUCACGAUACAUGGCCCCAUUCAUUCUUUCCUUUACACGGAUCAGUCGUCCUGGUCCCUUUGCAGAAAAACAGCCCCAAAGCAUGAUGUUUCCACCCCCAUGCUUCACAGUAGGUAUGGUGUUCUUUGGAUGCAACUCAGCAUUCUUUGUCCUCCAAACACGACGAGUUGAGUUUUUACCAAAAAGUUAUAUUUUGGUUUCAUCUGACCAUAUGACAUUCUCCCAUUCUGGAUUAUCCAAAUGCACUCUAGCAAACUUCAGACGGGCCUGGACAUGUACUGGCUUAAGCAGGGGGACACGUCUUGCACUGCAGGAUUUGAGUCCCUGGUGGCGUAGUGUGUUACGGAUGGUAGGCUUUGUUACUUUAGUCCCAGCUCUCUGCAGGUCAUUCACUAGGUCCCCCCGUGUGGUUCUGGGAUUUUUGCUCACCGUUCUUGUGAUCAUUUUGACCCCACGGGGUGAGAUCUUGCGUGGAGCCCCAGAUCGAGGGAGAUUAUCAGUGGUCUUGUAUGUCUUCCAUUUCCUAAUAAUUGCUCCAACAGUUGAUUUCUUCAAACCAAGCUGCUUACCUAUUGCAGAUUCAGUCUUCCCAGCCUGGUGCAGGUCUACAAUUUUGUUUCUUGGUGUCCUUUGACAGCUCUUUGGUCUUGGCCAUAAUGGAGUUUGGAGUGUGACUGUUUGAGGUUGUGGACAGGUGUCUUUUAUACUGAUAACAAGUUCAAACAGGUGCCAUUAAUACAGGUAACGAGUGGAGGACAGAGGAGCCUCUUAAAGAAGAAGUUACAGGUCUGUGAGAGCCAGAAAUCUUGCUUGUUUGUAGGUGACCAAAUACUUAUUUUCCACCAUAAUUUGCAAAUGAAUUCAUAAAACAAAUCCUACAAUGUGAUUUUCUGGAUUUUAUUUUCUCAAUUUGUCUGUCAUAGUUGACGUGUACCUAUGAUGAAAAUUACAGGCCUCUCUCAUCUUUUUAAGUGGGAGAACUUGCACAAUUGGUGACUGACUAAAUACUUUUUUUCCCCACUGUACACAUGAUACACAUGUUAAGACACACACUCUACACACACGUAUUUUGUGUUGUAAAUAUGUGGUAGUAGAGUAGUGGCCUGAGGAAACACACUUAAUGUGUUGUGAAAAGUGUUAUGAAAUCUAAUGUCAUGUAAUACUUUAAAUUGUAUACAACUGCCUUAAUGUUGCUGGACCCUAGGAAGAGGAACUGCUGGGAUCCAUAAUAAAUACAAGUAAGCUAAAUGGUGUCACAUCACCAUCUACUGGUCAAAGACAUUCAAAACAUGUCGAAUUCUCCACCUAUUCCUCAAGCCACUCAUACUAAGAUUUUGAAGCAUGGUCCAAAUCUGAUUUGGUGACAUAACAAGCUUUAGCAUGUAAGAGGGCUUAGCAUCGCAUGAGACUAAUGGACGCACAGCUCUGAACGUUGCCAAAAUGUAAACAAUUUAUUUUCACCACGUCACUCUUGUAUAAUUCCAUUUCACAAGCACCUUUUGGUUGUUGUAUAUCAGGAUUUUCAGAGUCCAAUUACAUUUCAGGAAUUUCCUACACAAUUCAAAGCACUUGUCCUGUGUAGUAACAAAGGCACCUGUAUUGACCUAUUGAACUGCCAAUUGGCCGUUCCUAGUGUCGUAUCAUUGGCAUGUUUUAUGUUCUCUGAAAUGGUUUGUCUUUUCAGACUACCUGAAGAACCUGUCUCCAGACUCAGCAGAUUACAAAGACACACAAGGUAAAGCUGCAUAAAAUAAUUGUAUGUAGAGCAAGUGGCCUCAACAGCACAGGGUGUCAACAUUAUUGUAGAGAGCACGACAAGUGUAGUAGCUGUAAUAGACUGAAGUGAACCAGAAAGUCUGGGGUAUUAAAUGUAUUAUUUUACUGAAAUAGUAGCCUAAUCCUGUAUCUCCACAUCCACCCACAGCUGCCCUGGGCAUAGUGAAGGAGGUGGCCAACCAUGCCAAUGACAUCAUGAAACAGGGGGUGAGAUAGAAGAACAUCAUUUUACUUGUCUUUAAGUUCACUGCCUUUAUGACAAUAGCUGUGGUGGAAUAUUCACUUUUUUUUAAUUUUUCCUAUUAUUCUCUCAGGAUAACUUCCAGAAGCUGAUUCAGGUUCAGUGCAGUCUGAACGGACACCAUGAGAUCGUCCUGCCUGGGAGGGUGGGUAUCAGCAUGGUCCUCCUGGCUCACUGAUAUGAAUUUGGUUCUUCACUGAUUGGCUUCGAAAGAGUUAUAGCACUGGUAUCUGAUUGGUGUGUUCCAGGUGUUCCUGAAAGAGGGGGUUCUGAUGAAGCUCUCCAGGAAGAUCAUGCAGCCCAGGAUGUUCUUCCUGGUGAGUAGGAAACAAAAUUAGCCUUUUUUUUUAUUUGACACGUUCAGAUAGUGCCUUCUGAUUCGUUCCUACUGAACACUACCCAGCUGUGUCUCCUUCCUUUCUCCCGGCACAUGUAUCGAAAGCAUGACGUCUGAUCAUAGCCGCGGGAAGUAGGGGUGUUUUGAAGAAAUAAAAAAUCCCUUCAAAAUUUACUCCUGUAUGAGCGGACUAAAAUAGUCGUCAGCAGUGUGGGAAGAAAAAAUUAUCUCAGCACGCCCAACCCAUCUUCCCGCAGCCGUGGGUCUGAUACCGACAGGCUCGGAGACAGUUUCUAUCUACAAGCCAUCAGACUGCUGAACACUUGAACUGGACUGACCACCUUAGCACUGACUCUACAAACCUUAGCACACAUGCACUCACUAACCCACACACAUAUACUCACUACACCACACACACAUACACUGAGUAUACCAAACAUUAGGAACACCUUCUUAAUAUUGAGUUGUACCCCCCCCCCCCCUUUUGCCCUCAGAACAGCCUCAAUUCAAUGGGGCAUGGACUCUACAAGGUGUCGAAAGCAUUCUACAGGGAUGCUGGCCCAUGUUGACUCCAAUGCUUCCCCACUGUUGUGUCAAGUUGGCUGGAUGUCCUUUGGGUGGUGGACCAUUCUUGAUUACACACAGGAAACUGUUGAGUGUGAAAAAGCCAGCAGCGUUGCAGUUCUUAACACAAACCGGUGCACCUGGCACCUACUACCAUACCCCAUUCAAAGGGACUUAAAUCUUUUGUCUUGCCCAUUCACCCUCUGAAUGGCACUCAUACACAAUCCAUGUCUCAAUUGUCUCAAGGCUUAAAAAUACUUAUUUGACCCAUCUCCUCCCCUUAAUCUACAGUACCAGUCAAAAGUUUGGACACACCUACUCAUUCAAGGGUUUUUCUUUAUUUUUUACUAUUUUCUACAUUGUAGAAAUAAUAGUGAAGACAUCAAAACUAUGAAAUAACACUGAUAAAAUAAAGAAAAACCCUUGAAUGAGUAGGUGUGUCCAAACUUUUGACUGGUACUGUACUCUGAUUUGAAGUUGAUUUUACAAGUGACAUCAAUAAGGGAUCAUACCUUUCACCUGGUUUUCACCUGGUCAGUCUAUGUACAGUGGGGGGGAAAAAGUAUUUAGUCAGCCACCAAUUGUGCAAGUUCUCCCACUUAAAAAGUGAGAGAGGCCUGUAAUUUUCAUAAAGGGACACGUCAACUAUGACAGACAAAUUGAGAUUUUUUUUCUCCAGAAAAUCACAUUGUAGGAUUUUUAAGAAUUUAUUUGCAAAUUUAGGGUUUGGAAAAUAAGUAUUUGGUCACCUACAACAAGCAGAUUUCUGGCUCUCACAGACCUGAAAACUUCUUCUUUAAGAGGCCUCUGUCCCCACUCGUUACCUGUAUUAAUGGCACCUGUUUGAACUUGUUAUCAUUUAUAAAAACACCUGUCCACAACCUCAAACAUUUCACACUCCAAACCCCACUAGGGCCCAAAGACCAAAGAGCUGUCAAAGGACACCAGAAAAAAUUUGUAGACCUGCACCAGGCUGGGAAGACUGAAUCUGCAAUAGGUAAGCAGCUUGGUUUGAAGAAAUCAACUGUGGGAGCAAUUAUUAGGAAAUGGAAGACAUACAAGACCACUGAUAAUCUCCCUCGAUCUGGGGCUCCACGCAAGAUCUCACCCCGUGGGGUCAAAAUGAUCACAAGAACGGUGAGCAAAAAUCCCAGAACCACAUGGGGGGACCUAGUGAAUGACCUGCAGAGAGCUGGGACCAAAGUAACAAAGCCUACCAUCAGUAACACACUACGCCGCCAGGGACUCAAAUCCUGCAGUGCCAAACGUGUCCCCCUGCUUAAGCCAGUACAUGUCCAGGCCCGUCUGAAGUUUGCUAGAGUGCAUUUGGAUGAUCCAGAAGAGGAUUGGGAGAAUGUCAUAUGGUCAGAUGAAACCAAAAUAGAACUUUUUGGUAAAAACUCAACUCGUCGUGUUUGGAGGACAAAGAAUGCUGAGUUGCAUCCAAAGAACACCAUACCUGCUGUGAAGCAUGGGGUGGAAACAUCAUGCUUUGGGGCUGUUUUUCUGCAAAGGGUCCAGGACGACUGAUCCGUGUAAAGGAAAGAAUGAAUGGGGCCAUGUAUCGUGAGAUUUUGAGUGAAAACCUCCUUCCAUCAGCAAGGGCAUUGAAGAUGAAACGUGGCUGGGUCUUUCAGCAUGACAAUGAUCCCAAACACACCGCCCGGGCAACGAAGGAGUGGCUUCGUAAGAAGCAUUUCAAGGUCCUGGAGUGGCCUAGCCAGUCUCCAGAUCUCAACCCCAUAGAAAAUCUUUGGAAGGAGUUGAAAGUCCGUGUUGCCCAGCGACAGCCCCAAAACAUCACUGCUCUAGAGGAGAUCUGCAUGGAGGAAUGGGCCAAAAUACCAGCAACAGUGUGUGAAAACCUUGUGAAGACUUACAGAAAACGUUUGACCUGUGUCAUUGCCAACAAAGGGUAUAUAACAAAGUAUUGAGAAACUUUUGUUAUUGACCAAAUACUUAUUUUCCACCAUAAUUUGCAAAUAAAUUCAUUAAAAAUCCUACAAUGUGAUAUUCUGGAUUUUUUUUUCUCAUUUUGUCUGUCAUAGUUGACGUGUACCUAUGAUGAAAAUUACAGGCCUCACUCAUCUUUUUAAGUGGGAGAACUUGCACAAUUGGUGGCUGACUAAAUACUUUUUUUCCCCCACUGUACACUCAGUGUAUAUACAUUCAUGCUACAUUUACAUUUACAUUUUAGUCAUUUAGCAGACGCUCUUAUCCAGAGCGACUUACAGUUAGUGAAUACAUUUAAUUUUAUUUUUUUAUACUGGCCCCCCGUGGGAAUCGAACCCACAACCCUGGCGUUGCAAACGCCAUGCUCUAUCAACUGAGCUACAUCCCUGCCGGCCAUUCCCUCCCCUACCCUGGGCCAAUUGUGCGCCGCCCAUGAGUCUCCCGGUCGCGGCCGGCUGCGACAGAGCCUGGAUUCGAACCAGGAUCUCUAGUGGCACAGUUAGCACUGCGAUGCAGUGCCUUAGACCACUGCGCCACUCAGGAGUACACAUCACAACGGCUGCUUCCAGACUCAUGAUUAUUAUUAUUGCUAAAUACUGCACAAUGAGCAAUUCCAGUGAAUAAAAAUGUAUUUCUUAUAUUAUUUUUUUACCAGUUCAACGACACAUUGCUGUACACCACCCCUGUUCAAUCUGGCCAGUUCAAACUCAACAACAUGCUGUCUCUGACUGGGAUGAAGGUGAGAGCUCAUUAUCCGUGUCUGAAAUGGCACCCUGUUCCCUAUAUAGUGCAUUAAAUCUGGCCAGAGCCACAUAAAGCAAUAUGGAUCAAUUUCAGAUUAGUUUUUUAAUGUUCCACCACAAAAUCAUAGUAUUACUCUGGUAAGAAAGCUUGUAAUAGUUAUGUUAAAAAAAUGAAUGUAAUUGCAGGUUAGCAAGCCCAGCCAAGAGGCCUUUCAGAAUGAGCUGACCAUUGAGAGUGUGGAACGCUCCUUCAUACUCUCUGGCAGGUGAGAACCGGUCACAAUAUAGAGCAAGUUGUAAUGCUUCAUAUUUAAUCAAUAAGGCCUGAGGGGGUGUGGUAUAUGGCCAAUAUACCCACGGCUAAGGGCUGUUCUUAUGCACGGCGCAACGAGGAGUGCCUGGAUACAGCCCUUAGCCGUGGUAAUUUGGCCAUAUACCACAAACCCCAGAGGUGCCUUAUUGCUAUUAUAAACUGGUUACUAACGUAAUUAGAGCAGUAAAAAUACAUGUUUUGUCAUACCUGUGGUAUUAUGGUCUGAUAUACCACGGCUGUCAGCCAAUCAGCAUUCAGGGCUCGAACCAACCAGGUUAUUUACAUUUACGUCAUUUAGCAGACGCUCUUAUCCAGAGCGACUUACAAAUAGGUGCAUUCACCUUAUAGCCAGUGGGAUAACCACUUUACAAUAUUUUUUUAUUUUGUUAUUUUUUAUUUAUAAUACUGAUUAUAAGCAUGUAUGAGACUUUAUCAUCUCUUUAUAAAAGAGCUUAUUCAAAAUGGCUGGUAUUUAGUCAGGAUCGUUAUGAGAUUAUUAUAAGACAUUAUAACAGGUUCAUACAUGCUUAUGACAAUUCUUUAAAUAAUUGUAACUGCAUAAUAAUACAUGAUACCUGCUGGCUUUGUAAAGUGUUACCCAUCUAUUUACCCUUGCAUUAAACAAUAAUUUCAUGUCCAGUUCAGCAGUAGACUGACACGUCCUGUCUUCUUCUUCUGUAGUUCUGCGGUGGAGAGAGAUGAUUGGCUUGAGGCCAUCUCCACGGCGAUCAAUGACUACACCAGGAAGAAGAUCUCCUUCAUCUCCAGCAAGUCUCAGGAGGAGGUAGUGAUGACAUGACAAGCGUUACAAUGCAUUAUAACUGCGUCAUAGUGCAUUAUACCUGCAGGCUUUGAGUAAGGUAUUACAGAGGGGUUGAGAUGGGCAGAAGACACAAAUUGGACAAUAAAGUCUAUUCUAUACUAUUCUAUGUGCAGACUGGGUCUGAGGACACUGGCAGUGGAGUUCCCCUGGGUUCUAAGGCCCCUAUCUGGAUCCCAGACCCAAGGGCCACCAUGUGUAUGGUCUGCACCUGUGAGUUCACCCUCACCUGGAGACGACACCACUGCCGAGCCUGUGGAAAGGUAAGGGGCACAAUUAAACAGAGCAUUAAGAACAUUUAAUUAAAACAUUAUAUUGUAUUGCUAUGGAUGAGGGGGGCAUCUUCCACUGGGACCACAGAACAUAUGCCUCAGUGGAUUUAAGAAUCCCACUCAAAAUCAUUAAAGAAAGGCUGGGAUUUGUUGCUGUACCAUUGGUUUAUGUUUCAGUGUAUGCAUUACAUACAUGCAUUGCAAAUAUUGCACACUCUAGAAUGCCCUUCAAGCCAAUCAGAAACUAGUAUUCAACAAUGCCGUGGUAUAGUAAUAAUGUUUGUACACCAUCUAUAGGUGGUGUGCCAGUCCUGCUCCUCCAACAAACAAUGUCUGGAGUAUCUGAAGAACCAGCUGGCCAGAGUGUGUGAUCAGUGCUUUAUUGUACUACAGCAGCAGAGAAGUAAGAUGUGUGUGUGUGUGUGUGUGUGUGUGUGUGUGUGUGUGUGUGUGUGUUAAGAACCAGCUGACGAUAGUGUGUGAUCAGUGCUUCAUAGCCAGCAGAGGCGUAAGGCCUGCUUCCAUGUAACACACUGUUACACAGUAGAAGGCCCAAUGCCUUGGCCUCUAUCUUUUGUGUUCAUGCCAUACGGGACGAGGCUACCACUGGCCAGUCUGACAUAGUGAUUUGCUUCUUUUCACUUAGGGUCACCGUGAUCAUCUGUUAAUUGUCAGGGCUACACUACAGUACGCUAUGAAAAUAAACGUGUCAUUUGCUGUAUUAGCAAUGUACUUGCAGACCUGCAGAUGCCAUUUUUACAGAUUGGCACUUGCGAUAGGUGUCUCCUAAGGUGUCUCCAACGAUGACGUGAUGUCAAUAAAUUAUGUAUUGGCUUUAACACGUACACAUUCUUGAUGAAUAAGAUCCAAUGUGUUGUUUUAAUCUGAAAGGGACUUGUUUCCCCCACACAUCAUUUAACAUGGCAAUGGUUUAUGUCAAAGUUAAUCUGAGUAAAUCAUUAGAUGGACAUCCGUACAGACUAGAAUAGAACUUGCUUCCAAACAGUGGUUCGUUGAUUGAUUGGUUUACUUUAUUUUGUAGAUGAAUAAAGACAUGCAGAAGAACACUAUAUAUGUUGGGUCCAGCGAUUAGACAUUUAUUUUGUCCGUUCCCUUUUGUAGGUGAAAAGGCCCUGUCUCCAACUCUCUCCCCUGGUGGAAAAUCCUCCUUUGCUUUCAGCAGGAAAACGAAGAGGAUUCCUGCUGCCCUCAAGGAGGUGACUAGUCCACCACUCUAAAGUUCAAUUAGGGUCUCGUUCGUGUUCAUUAGGGGACACCAUAGGAAAACGUUUCGUACUGGAAAAUUAGCAUUUUCAGAUUCAAAUACCUCCCCGGGUUCAGACCGUUUUCAUCCAUUUGGUGCCCACUGAACACGACCCAUAUGUUACUGAUGAUUAGUCAGUGAUGCUAUCCAAUGAUCUUUGCUGUUUCAGGUGUCCGCAAACACAGUCAACUCGUCUAUGAGUGGUUACCUGCAGAGGUCAAAGGGCAAUAAGAAGCAGGGGAAGAGGCUUUGGUUCGUCAUCAAGAACAAGGUCCUGUAUACGUACGCUGCCAGUGAGGUAGGUGCUGCAGUAGACUAUAUUGUCAAUUCAUCUGAUCAAGAUUUUCUGACAAAGACCUUCUCAAUGUAUUCGACACCUGUUACUCACAUAGCACACAUGCCUCUGCUAUUCUAUAUUUUGAGACAUUAUUUAAGUUCUGUUCUUCUACAGGUUUUUUUUUUUUUUUUAAUAUAUGAAAAAGACAAGUGUUUGAGUUUAAUUCACCAAAAUCCAACUUCUCUCUCUCUCUCUCUCUCUCUCACUCUCACUCUCACUCUCACUCUCACUCUCACUCUCUCUCACUCACUCAUAGAACGUGGCAGCGUUAGAGAGCCAGCCAUUGCUGGGCUUCAUGUUGAAAGAGGAGGAAGAGGGUCCAGGGCCAGCAGCUCAGAAGCAGCAGUUCAAGCUCUAUCACAAAAACACGCUGCAUUACAUUUUCAAGGCCGACGACUGCCAAACCGCCCAA